AUGACCCUAACUAGAUCCCUCCUCCGCUCCUCCUUCUUCUUCUUCCGCCGCCGCCGUCCCCGCUCCAAUGCCGGCCGCAGAACCUCCCCCUUCUUCCGGAGGAGAUCCGCCGCCGCCGACAAUCCCGAGCCGUCCUCUCCCAAAGUCACGUGCAUCGGCCAAGUCAGAGUCAAGUCGCAGAAGAAGGUCAAGCAAUGCCGCCGCCGUAUCAACGGCGAAUCCAGCUUCCGCAGCGCCUCCGAGCCCUCGUUCCACCACUGGGUCCAUUUGCCCAGCUUUUCCGCUCUCCUGCGCGAGUUCUGCUGCUUGUUCAGCUGCAAGUGCGGCGGCUGUGAGACGUGGUGGUGCGGCGGCGGGAGGAGGAAGAAGAGGGAGAUUAUUGCUGUCAAGUGCGGCGGAGACGAGGAGGAGGAGGAGGAAGAGGUUAUUUCGAAUCCGAGAAAACAUGUUUUUGAUGACAUUGAGGUUAACGGCGACAGAAUUGAGGUGAAGGGGCGGAGCUUCGAGGAUGAAUUCGCCAUUUCCGUACCUCCGAAAAAUGCGCUUCUGCUGAUGAGAUGCAGAUCCGAUCCAGUCAAAUUGGCCGCCAUUGCAAACCGGAUUAGCUCCGAUGCAGCGAGGUAUGAAAAUGUAGCAUUUCAAUUCCAUGACGAAGAAGAAGAUGAUGAUGAAACCAGUAGCUCCGAUGAAGUGUUCGAAGCUCGAGUUCUGGAGCAAGUGCAGAAAGAAAUGUUUGCCAAUGAAGCAGAGAAAUCAUUCAUGCCCAAUAAUGAAAGAAUCGAGCCAGAAGAAGAUGUUGAAUCCAAUAUGUCCUCAUUUGAAGCUCUUUUAGAAACAGAGAAUGAACCAAAAUCAGAUCCAAUCGCCGAUCAAAAGCAGGAAAUUAACCAAGAAAAGGGGGCAUUGCCGGAAUGCUUGCUGUUGAUGAUGCGCGAGCCGAAGCUCUCAAUGGAGGUCUCGAAAGAGACGUGGGUUUGCGCCACCGACUUCAUUCGGCUGCAUCCGGAGCGGCCAAGGAGAGCCGCCGCCAAAGCCGAUGCGGAGCCUCCACUGGUGAAGAAGAGGGUCUCCGUGGAGAAGUCGAAGCCCCGAGUUCCUGCGCCGCCAAAGAGGAACAACGACGCGCAGCCGGCGCGGUCGUCGUGCUCUCUGCCGCCCGACGGGAAGUGCGAGCCGCUCGUGCUGACUAGGUGCAAGUCGGAGCCGAUGAGUUCGGCGGCGGCUAAGCUAAUGCCCGAGGCCGGUUGCUGA